UUUAUAUAAGUAGGAGCCUAUCGUUUGAUUCUUUUUUAUGGUAAAAAAAAAAUCUAAUGUGAAGAGAAGAAAAAUUUCAUGUAAAGGAUUUUUGCUGUCAAAAAGUAAAAAUCGCUCAUGCACAAAACUACCUCCCAAAGACUUGUCCUGGAUCCCUCAUAUCGAAAAAUUAAUGUGAUGGAAGAUAGCACAGUCUUGUCAAAUUGGACAAUUGGCAACAAACAAAAGAUGACAUACGACUUCUCCUGUGAACUCUACCGAAUGUCUACAUAUUCAACUUUCCCCACCGGUGUUCCUGUCUCAGAAAGGAGUCUUGCUCGUGCUGGUUUUUAUUACACUGGUGUGAAUGACAAGGUCAAAUGCUUCUGUUGUGGCCUGAUGCUGGAUAACUGGAAACAAGGAGACAAUCCUAUUGAGAAGCAUAAACAACUGUAUCCGAGCUGUAGCUUUGUUCAGAAUCUAGUUUCUGUUACUAGUCUGGAAUCCACUUCUAAGAAUGCUUCUUCAACGAGAAACAGUUUUACUCACUCAUUAUCACCCACUUUGGAACAUGGUAGAUCAUUCAGUGGUUCUUAUUCCAACCUUUCACCAAACCCUAUUAAUUCUCGAGCAGUCGAAGACUUUUCCCCAUUGAGGACUAACCCCUACAGUUAUGCCAUGAGUACUGAAGAAGCGAGAUUUCUUACUUAUCAAAUGUGGCCAUUAACCUUUCUGUCACCGUCAGAAUUGGCAAGAGCUGGCUUUUAUUAUAUAGGACCUGGAGACAGGGUAGCCUGUUUUGCCUGUGGUGGGACGCUAAAUAACUGGGAACCAAAGGAUGAUGCUAUGUUAGAACACCAGAGAAAUUUUCCCAACUGUCCGUUUUUGGAAAAUUCUCUGGAGACGCUGAGGUUCAGCAUUUCCAAUUUGAGUAUGCAGACACAUGCAGCUCGCCUGAGAACAUUUAUGUACUGGCCAGCUACUGUACCAGUUCAGCCCGAGCAGCUUGCAAGUGCUGGUUUCUAUUAUGUAGGUCGCAAUGAUGAUGUCAAGUGCUUUUGUUGUGAUGGUGGCUUAAGGUGUUGGGAAUCUGGAGAUGACCCAUGGGUAGAACACGCCAAAUGGUUUCCAAGGUGUGAGUUCUUGAUACGCAUGAAAGGGCAGGAGUUUGUUAGUGAGAUUCAAGCUAGAUAUCCUCAUCUUCUUGAACAGCUGUUGUCAACUGCAAAUACUCCUGGAGAUGAAAAUGCUGAUCCACCAAUUGUUCAGUUUGGACCUGGAGAAAGUUCUUCAGACGAUGCAGUCAUGAUGAAUACACCUGUGGUUAAAGCUGCCUUGGAGAUGGGCUUUAGUAGAAGCCUGGUAAAACGGACAGUUCAGAGUAAAAUCCUGACAACUGGAGAGAAUUACAAAACAGUUAAUGAUAUUGUGUCAGCACUUCUCAAUGCUGAAGAUGAGAAAAGAGAAGAAGAAGAGGAGGAAGAGAAGGAAAGACAGACUGAAGAAACAGCAUCAGAUGAUUUGUCAUUACUUCGGAGGAAUAGAAUGGCUCUCUUUCAACAGUUGACGUGUGUGCUUCCUAUCCUGGAUAAUCUUUUAAAGGCCAAUGUAAUUAAUAAACAGGAGCAUGAUAUUAUUAAGCAAAAAACACAGAUACCUUUACAAGCAAGAGAACUGAUUGAUACUGUUUUAGUUAAAGGAAAUAGUGCUGCCAACAUCUUCAAAAACUGUCUUAAGGAAAUUGACCCUACAUUGUAUAAGAACUUGUUUGUGGAAAAGAAUAUGAAGUAUAUUCCAACAGAUGUUUCAGGUCUGUCCCUGGAAGAACAGUUGAGAAGGCUGCAAGAAGAAAGAACUUGUAAAGUGUGUAUGGACAAAGAAGUUUCUAUUGUAUUCAUUCCUUGUGGUCAUCUGGUAGUAUGCCAGGAAUGUGCCCCUUCUCUAAGAAAAUGCCCUAUUUGCAGAGGUAUAAUUAAGGGUACUGUUCGUACAUUUCUCUCAUAAAAGAAAAAUAAGCUGUAUGUUAGCUUAUAUAUAAACAUCUUUAAAAUGUUGUUUGAAGUAAAAAAAGGAAUUACUGACUCCUUAAUUAGUAACAUUUGUAUUCUCUGCUUUCUUUGGUACUAGUACUCAUGUUUCAAAAAAAAUGGUGUCACAUAUAAUAUUUAAUCUUAAUCUCUGUUUAUAUGAAAAGUAAGGUUUAUGUUUGAGCUGUGUUAGUGUACAUAUGCACACACAGAAGAAGUUAAAAGAGCAGUGUUAAUGCUAUUAUGUAUUAUUUUAGGAGUGACUGGAUCUGGUAUUCUUUCUGAAAGCAUUGAGUACUACUUUAAAGUACAGUUGAAAAGAACUGGAAACCAGGAACUCUGGAGUUUAUCACAGUUAUAUUGCCAGAUGCUCACUGGUUCUUUUUCAGUUGUGUUCUUUUUCAAAUAGUGGUACAGCGUUGAGACAGGGUCCUGGUUCCUACUCAAAAAAAAUAUACAUAACAAUGUCUUUGAGUUCCACAGAACUGGGGCCCCCACCCAGGUGGAGGAUGGUAACUUGAGGCUGAACACAAGAUUUCUGGAGCACCGCUCUGUUGCCUCACCAGUAACCAAUCAGGAAAAAGUCACACACCCUGAAGCCCUCAUCCCAAAUGUUGCCUCCUGUUUCUGGGGACCAGUGAUGACCAUCCUGUUAAGUUUCGUGUUUGGCCCCUGUCUAUUUCAUCUCUGAGAGGAGCCAACAGUUGCAAGCUAAAUUGCUGUUACUACAAGGUGAAUGCUGGUUUCAAGCACAGAAUACCUCAACUUAGAUCAGGUAGAGAGAGACUUCUGCUUUGCUAGGCAGGCCUAUGCCCAUGCACAGCAGGAAGAAGUUAUAGAAGAAAGAGACUUCCACUCCAGUUCCCAAGAAGGAUCUUGAGUUUGAAGUCUCCCAGCAGGGAGUUGUUAGGGGAAGCACACUGACUGAAACCGCCCACCCUGGCCAGGCACCACAGUAACCAUUUGCAAGAGUUGUUUUAUGACAGGAGGUCCUGGUAUGGAACACGGAACUAAUAAGCCACCACCAACCGGGAGAGCUUAGGAAAGCUCAAAAUGAGACAACACAUGUCCAACCACCUCCCAGAAUCCUCACCUCUGGCAUCCAUCUUGGCUGAACAAGGCGUGCACCACCAGGAAGGACUCUGAGUCAGAAUGAUUGUCUAAAGACAACCUGGAAACUAAUCCCAUCACUGUAAAACCCAAGACUGCCAGAGCAGUUCUCCUGGGUUCCCUCACCCUACUGCUUUCCACCUGGGUGCCCCUUCCUGAUAAAAUCUCUUGCUUUGUCAGCAAAAAAAAAAAAAAAAAAGGUGUCAUAUAUAAUAUUUAAUCUUAAUCUCUGUUUAUAUGAAAAGUAAGAUUUAUGUUUGAGCUGUGUUAGUGUACAUAUGUGUACACAGGAGAAGUUAAAAGGAGCAGUGUUAAUGCUGUUAUGUAUCAUUUUAGGAGUGACUGUAUCUGGUAUUCUUUCUGAAAGCCUUGAGUACUACUUUAGAGUAUUGUUGAAAAGAACUGGAAACCAGGAACUCUGGAGUUUAUCACAGUUACAUUUCCAAAUUCUCAUUGGUUGUUUUUCAGUUGUGUUGUAACAUAAGGAUUUUUCUCUUAGUGAUAUAAAAGUUUUUCCCCAGUUUGUGAGAAACAUCUGAAUAAAAGGUCUUUAAAAAGACUACA